AUGAUUAUUGCGAGAAGCGUGUUCUGGGACUUGCAAAUGGCCUUGCCUGAAGCCUGGAUGGUGUUGGACUAUUCCACUGAUGUUAUCCACCUUAUUGACACAGCCAUUAGAGCCCAUGAAGGUUACCUGGAACAAGGCCUUCUGGUGACGGAUCACACGAAGCUGCACAAAAACUACCGCAAAACCAUCUACUUCAAGUUGGACCUGGUUUCCCUGGUUCCCACAGACCUGGUGUACCUCGUUUGGGGCACUUCCUGCGACAGACGGGUUCCGUGUCCGGUCAUCGUCCGGUUGAAUCGCCUCUUCAAACUGCCUCGGCUCUUUGAGUUCUUCGAGAGAACGGAAACCCUGACCAAUUUCCCCAACGUCUUCAGGAUCGGGAAGGUCAUCGUGUACAUUCUGGUCAUCAUCCACUGGAACGCGUGUCUUUACUUUGCCAUCAGCUACGUCAUAGGGUUUGGGACGGAUACUUGGGUGUACAGAGACAUCGACGAUGGGGUCUACGAACGCCUGUCGUACAAGUACAUUUACAGCUUUUACUGGUCGACGAUGACGUUGACGACGAUCGGAGAAGUGCCGCAGCCCGUCACCGACUGGGAAUUCUUCUUCACCAUCAUCGACUUCCUGAUCGGCGUGCUGAUUUUCGCCACUAUCGUCGGCAACGUGGGCUCCAUGAUCACCAACAUGAACGCAGACCAGGCCGAGUUCCAGGCCAAAAUGGACCGCAUCAAGCAGUACAUGACGUUCCGCAAGGUGUCCAAGCAGCUGGAAGAGCGCGUCAUCAAGUGGUUCGACUACUUGUGGACCAACAAGCUGUCCCUGGACGAGGACGAGGUCUUGUCCACGUUGCCGGACAAGUUGCAGGCGGAAAUCGCCAUCCACGUGCACUUGGACACCCUGAAGCGAGUCAAGCUGUUCCAGGACUUUGAGGCAGGGCUGCUGCAAGAGCUGGUGCUCAGGCUCCAGCUGCAGGUCUUCAGCCCCGGCGACUACAUUUGCAAAAAGGGCGACGUGGGCAGGGAGAUGUACAUUGUCAAACGAGGCGUGUUGAGCGUGGUGGCCGACGACGGGGAGAAGGUGUUUGUCAAGUUGAGGGACGGCAGUGUGUUUGGGGAGCUCAGUAUCUUGAACAUCCCUGGCAACAAAACCGGGAAUCGCAGAACUGCCAAUGUGAGAAGCGACGGGUACUCGGACUUGUUUGUGCUGAAAAAGGACGGCUUGUGGGAUGUUUUGCACGAUUACCCAGAGGCCAGAGAAAAUCUGCUUGACACUGGGAGACGAAUGUUGCGAAAAGAUGGACUCUUGGACGAAGAAGCAGAAAAAAUUGCUGCAUUGGAAAGAGAGAAGACCAUUAUGAAAGUGGAACGACUUGAGGACCAACUAAAGGUGUCCCAGGAGAGACAAGGAAGACUGCUUGCAGAAUUCACAUCCAUGAGCCAACAGUUCAAAAAGCGCCUGGCAUGUGUGGAAAAGGUGCAAAAUAGUCACUCAGACCGCCUCAACACCAGCAAUGCCAAUUCCAUCACUUCUGCUGCAAGCAAGGUCCUUGCUUGUCAGCAAUUCUUCACUCCAUCCCCACAAAAGUCUCCAGACCAUUUUGCAAGUCGCUUGUUCUCUGCUGCUUCCAGCAGCAACAGCUCUGUUGGGCCAAAAUCAAUGACUGCUGAUGGUCAGCAGCAGAUGAUCAAUGUGUCUACAGCAUCUCAGCAGCAGUUUUUGUCACCUGUUGGCACUGCAAUGACUGAGGAAGAUGAGCUCAUUGAGCAGGACAUUUUGGCUACUUUUCAAGUUGACUCACCCACCACCAAUCAGGAAGCUUCAUCAUCAUCAGCUGCUGCUGGAAAGUCUUUGUCUAAUGAUGAUGAUGGUGAGGAUGAUCAUCCAACUGCUGGAACAUAA